CUGUAAUUAUAAAAAAAAGAAAUGUGUGAGUCGCCGCAAGAAGCUUGAGCAGAAGCCCGUUUACUGGAGUAAUUCUGUGAUAAAAGACUAGUUUAUAAUCUAGUAUUAAGAAUGGCUUUGGUUUAACUACCAAACAUGGUAGUUAGCCUCGAACUAAUUCAUCUUGUGAAAGUCUGCAGCGGACAGGAAUGGGUUUGUUUGUGCGCUAGCUAGCGAGCUAGCGUUAGCAUUCAGAAUGGGCAUCUGAACGCUAACCGAACAAGCAAAAAUCUCAGUGUACAAUGACUGAAUCUUGAGAGUGCUUUCCCCUGGACAACGUGUCGACAAAGGAGAGUUUCUUUUGUGCCUUUUUGCUUACCUCGGGAGGCGUGUGGAUAUUGUUUACAUGAUGAAGAACUGCGAGUAUCAGCAGAUCGACCCUCGGGCUCUGUCGGUGUUGCCCUCGUCGGCUCAGAACCACAACGAGAAGAAAGUGCAGCGUCCCCGGAGGAAGUGGGAAGUGUUCCCGGGGAAAAACAGGUUUUUCUGCGAUGGACGGAUCAUCCUGGCCAGACAAAGCGGCAUCCUUCCUCUGACCCUGGGCCUUAUUGUUGUCACAUGUGGCCUUUUCUUUGCAUUCGAUUGCCCAUUUCUGGUGAAGCAUCUGACCGUCUUCAUACCUGUGAUAGGUGGGGUACUUUUUCUAUUUGUGGUCUUGUCCCUGCUGAGAACCAGCUUUACAGAUCCAGGCAUCCUACCAAGGGCGACCCCAGAUGAAGCAGCAGACAUAGAGAAGCAGAUCGAUACCUCAGGAUCCUCUACGUAUCGCCCCCCUCCGCGGACCAAGGAGAUCCUCAUCAACCAGCAGGUGGUAAAGCUCAAAUACUGCUUCACUUGUAAAACGUUUCGCCCCCCUCGGACCUCCCACUGCAGCCUGUGUGACAACUGUGUGGAACGAUUCGAUCACCACUGUCCAUGGGUGGGGAACUGUGUGGGCAAACGCAAUUACCGCUUUUUCUACAGCUUCAUCAUCUCCCUGUCUUUUCUGACAUCUUUUAUAUUUGGCUGUGUCAUCACACACAUCACCCUGCGAACUCAAGCAGGCAAAAGCAUUGUUCAAGCCAUCCAGGAGAGCCCUGCCAGUGUGGUGGAGUUGGUGAUUUGUUUCUUCUCCAUCUGGUCUAUUUUGGGCCUCUCAGGCUUCCAUACUUACUUGAUAGCCUCCAACCUCACAACAAAUGAAGAUAUAAAGGGCUCCUGGUCAAGUAAACGGGGUGCAGAGGAUUCUGGGAACCCGUACACUUACAACAGUAUAAUCACAAACUGUUGUGCAACAUUAUGUGGACCCAUGUCCCCAAGUUUGAUCGACAGACGGGGUUUCCUUCCUCCUGACGAAGCGAUCCCCGUCGUUUCAGCCUCAGAGAUCGAGCUGCCUCCCUUCACAGCCAAGAACGACUCACACAUGUGCACUCAGAGCACCAAGGACAUGCUGGAGAGGGUGGUCAACUCCUUCGACUCCCACAGCCUGUGUCCUCCUGGGCCACCAAAGACCAGUCCUCUCAGUGUGGAGGUCUCCAGCGCCACAGCACCUUCAGCAGAAGCUUCACCAUUGGCCGGCUGCUCAAGACAGCAGGACGGCCAGCCUGUGGCUGCUCCCUGCCCACCGUUCAGUAGAAGCAGCAAGAGGGACUCGCUGCACUCCAUUAACCCGGCCUUCCGACUGGCUUCUCCCUCCCCGUCAAUGACUCGCACCACUUUAAUUCUGGGCGAUGCACCGGACCUUGGCUUUAUCCCACUUCCCUGAGUUUUAAAGAACCCGAGGUGUUGCUGAACCUGUUGCUGCUCUGCAUCUCUGCCAGUGUUUCCUGCUAUACAAACUUUUUCAUAGUGGUGGUCAUGCUGUGUAUUUCAUUUGGUAUCUCAAGAUGUCACUCUGAGUUAAAUUAGCAUUACCUGAAGGGUCUUUAUGUUCUGUGAGUGUUAGCAGCCCUGUCAUUCACUAUUUUUUUUUACUGUUUGUUGCCUCCACAAUGGAGGUAUAUCUUAGUAAUACUUUGAAGCACAAUAUAGAGAUAUUUUUUUAACACCUUUUUACAAAAAUGCCCACAAACAUGCCUCCACACCUUCCACAGAACACAAAGCCAUACAUCACAGCUACAGUGUUUCAUCAGUUCUUGAUCAUAUCUUUAUGUAAACGGGUCUGUUGAUACUCAAAAUAAUAAAAGUGUGGAUGCAAGAGGAACAGAAGCAAAAGUAAAGAUUUACUGAAGCUGCAUGCUUAGAUAGGGAGUCAGCUUAGGACUUAGUCUUAUGUCAUGACCUGUCACAUCAUCCCGGUUUGAUCAUAUGGAUCCAGCAUGAUGGUGUUGAGAUGACAGCAAUUAGAGUUGGAAUAGGGACAACAUGUUGUUGGUUUUAUUUUUCAUGUACACAUACGGAGGUUUCUGCUGUAAAAUCUGUAAACAGUUCUGAGUGACUUGAACACCUGAUGAACUCUGAGACUAAAUGGUAAAUUUCUUUAUGUGUGGACCAUCACUUUAGGAGACUUCACAUAAGGAGAAGAGGCUGAAUGAGUGCGGCACAGCUUUUUCAUGUAUGACUGAAUAGUAAUCGUCGGAAAUGUGUAGCCUUAGUUUCCACACAUUCGAUCACAUCUACUUUGUCGCUUUGUCAUAUACAUUAUACCAAAUUCAAAUUAGCUUCUGCCAAGCACAGUUUUGGAUUGAAGUAUUAAUAACUGGGGUGCUUUCAUCUGUGGGAUUAUCUGUUUUUUUGACUGUAUGCUGCCUGUCACUUGUGUGUUGGUGGUUACAUUAUAGGCUGAAGGUAUGGACUGUGUAAGUCAGGGUUAUGUAGGAAUGUUGAUUAUGAGGCCAGUUUAAGUGCAGGACAAGCUGUCAUUUUCAUAGCUGUGACCUUUUCCUGUUGCACCUGAAACAUAACCCUCCAACUGAGAGUAGAAGGCAGGAGUGAGGCUGUGCCACUAGGGGGCAGCAUGUAAAUAAAGAUGGUAUGCUAUAGUCAGAACAUAAUUCAGUUUAACCAUAAAAGAAAGGCCUUUUUCAUGUUUUUAUUUCUUUUUCUUAUUGAGCAUUACAUCUGUACAUAGGAUGGAUCUGUGAAAAUACUUUUUCCAUAGUCACUGGUAGCUUAUUUAUCAGUUUGCAUCAUAACCCUUAGGUUGUGUAAUAUUACAAGCAGUGCUUGUAUGAACAAACUUGUUUGAAUUUUGUAGGAUGUAACAGUGGAACUGUAACAUUUGGUCAAUAAAAAUAUCAGCUUCGUUGAA